AUGAAUAAUUAUUGGAAAAAAAGAAUUGAAAAAGAUUUUAAUAUAAAUGAAAAUGAAAUAAAUGAUAAAGAUAUUAGUUUUGAAAAUCAAUAUAUUGAAAAACUUGGACAAGAUAAAGAAGCAUCAAAAGAAUUCUCAGAUAUUUAUAUGAUGGCAGCAAAGUUAGUUUUUGAAGAUCAAUUAACAUCAUUAACAGAGAUAAUUUUAGAAAAAGAUUUAGGUAGUAUUAAAUAUCAAUUAUCAUCAGAAUUAAGAAGAAAUCCAAAUUUCUUUAAAGAUUUAUUAAAUCAACAACAACAAAUAAAAAAUGAAGAAGAAUUAGAAUCACCAUCAUUGAAUAGAAUGAGUUUAUUUUUUUCAAUUGGAACUAAUGAUAUUGAAAUUUUUAAAUAUAUUUUUGAACAAGGUGGAUAUAAUUUAGUGGAAUUUCGUGAUCCAGUUACUGGUAUAACUAUAUUUCAUUUAGCAAUGAUGCUUGGUAAUAAAGAGAUUUUACAAUAUAUAAUAGAAUCACCAAAAAUUAAAGAUUUAAAGAAUUUUACAUUUUUUGAUACAAUUGAUUCAUUUAGAGCAACUGGUUUCGAUUAUGCAAAAUUAAAAGGAUUAUUACCAUCAAAUACUCCACCAACUCCAAAAUCAAUUAAAACUUAUAAUAAUAAUAAUUCAUCAUCAUUUGAAGAUUUAUCAAUUGAACAAUUACAAUUAAAAUUAAAUAUAAUUUAUACUUCAAAAGUUUUAUCAACAAAUGAUUAUUUAGUUGAUUUAUUAUUUUCAAGUUUACAAAUUAAUCCAGAUUUAAAUUUUAGAAAUAAAUAUUUAAAUUUAAUUAAUAAUAGUGGUGGUGAAGAAAAUAUAAUUUUAGGAUUUAUUUCAGAAUCAGUAGGUUGGGGAUUAUUUGCAGGUAAGGAUUUUAAAAGUGGUGAUUUUAUAGUUAGAUAUGGUGGUAUGAUAACAAUGAAUGAAAAAAUGGAAACUACAAAUUAUAAUAUGAUGAUUUCAAAUGAAGAUUUUGGUUUAGAUGCCUCAAAAUAUAGAUCAAUGGGUGGUAUGAUUAAUCAUUCAAGUAAAUUUAAAAAUGCAGAAAGUGAAUGUAUAUUUGAAUAUGGUUGUGAACAAGCACUCAUCACUGCAACUAAAUCAAUUAAAAAAGGUGAACAGAUUUUUAUUGACUAUUCAAAAUCAUUUUGGGGUGAAAAUCAAAAUGAUUCUAAUGAAAUGAUUGAAUUGGGUGGUAAAAAUGAUUAUCCUUCAUUAAUUAAAUUUUAA